CCGUGUCUGGGCUAACGCGAUAGCCGGGACAGGGCAACUCUCCGGCCGCCCGCGUCUUCGGCUCGGCUCGAUCCAUCCAGCCCGACUCGGCGCUGUCGUCACCUUCUCCUCCUCUCCUUGCGCGCCGCCGCCGUCACCCGGCUGCCUUCCUCGCCACGGACGCCGGCGAGCUCCUAGUACCGACAACACUUGUGGAUCUCCUUCGCGGUUGCAGGCCAGCGGCGGCGGCAUGGGCAGGAAGAGGAGCGGCGGCGAGGGCCCCUCGACGGCGGGCAGGGUUACGAACCAGGCCGUGUCGCUCCGCGAGGAGAGCUCCGGGAGGACGCGCGUUGACGAGGCCUCCCUGAUGAGAGUCAAGCACCUGCAGCGGCUGGCCGCGUGGGCGGGCGCGGAGGCCGGAGUGGGCCCGAUCGGUGCCCUGCUGGGGCGCCGCCUCGCAGCGAACGCCGAGGCCGCCGGGGUACCCCUCGGCGCAGCCACUUUCCUUUGCCAGAGGUGUGAGACAGUUUUAAAGCCAGGCUUUAACUGCACCAUCCGCAUCAAGAAAAAGAGAAAUAAAACAAAGCGACGGAAGAAAUCAAACCGUUGUCAGAAUAAUGUUGCGUAUGCAUGCCAUUUCUGCGGAGAUCAAAACCUAAUAUUGGGUAGUGGGAAGGGUGUAGUUAAGAGCUUGUUAUCGUCAAGAGAGCUAGCUAGCAUGGACUCGGCACGCAGAAUUUCGGGAGGAAACAAUAGCAAAACAAGAACACAAGAUAUGAAAGAAGUGCUUGAGCAUUCUCAAGCAGCUAUUUUGCAAAUAGAUUCGUCAUCCAGGUCGAGGCAGUCAAUUUCUGAAAGUGAUGAACAAGGGGAAAGGUUAAAACGUAAUAUUCCUAGAGAUUGUAAAACAGAGGAAGGAGUGACCUUGUCAGCAGUGAGGUCUGGUCACUUAGCAGCGUCGACUUUUGAAGAGGAUAGCAUACAGAAAUUAGCAUUAGAAAAUACAAAUGAUGAACACAUUCAUGAAACUGAGCCUAUUUGUUCUAAAAAGGUUAAAAUAUGUGAAGCCAAUGUUAGUCCGCCAUCAGAAUUUAUGGUUGGAUCGAAAUUUGUUACGCCUCAGAAGAACAAACUGAUGGAUUCAGCGGAACCAUUCAAGACCAGAAGCACGGGCAACAAGAAAGGAGAGAUUUCUGGCUCAGUUACUGGCAACAACCUUACAAGCUCUAGCAAAUCUGCACCAAUAGACUCUUGGAAGAAUAUUAAAUCCGCAACAAGUGAUUCUGCUCAGGUGUCUGGUAGCUCAAGGAAGCGGACAAGAAAAGGGUGGACUACGCUAAAACAGAUAGCUGAAAAGGAUGAACUCGAGAGGAAAGAGAAGAUGGGUAGCUUUGUAAUCCCAUUCUUCAUGUCAUAAGAGAUGUUACAGUUUGCCCUCAAUGUGAACGUUUUAUCAUUGGUGUAUCAUUUGAGAAUUACAUUUGUAGUUUUGGCAGUAAGCUGAUCUAUUAAAUUUUGUACUAUCAGUCAUGUGGAUCCAGCCAAGAAAUAUGAAGUUACCCAGAUACUAGAUCCA